AGGCGGCGGAGGGGGGGGCGGGCGGGGCCCGCUCCGCCUCUCUCCGCCCCAAUGCCGCCCGCCCUGGGGCUCUGUUAGCGCCGGGGGAAGGGAGGAGGUGGUGGUGAAGGUGUGGGGGGGAGUUUGUGUGCGGCAUGGCGGAGAGCGGCGCGUGGCUGCUGGUGCUGAGCUCCGUCUUCCUCUGCAACGCUCUCAAGAUCCUCCUGCCCUCCUGCUCCUCCAUCAUAUCCAGAUUGCUACAAAAAGAUGCAGAGCAGGAAUCCCAAAUGAGAGCUGAGAUUCAGGGCAUGAAGCAAGAACUCUCAACAAUUAGUAUGAUGGAUGAGUUUGCUAGAUAUGCCCGUCUGGAAAGGAAGAUUAACAAAAUGACUGACAAGCUUAAAACUCAUGUGAAAGCACGAACUGCCCAAUUAGCCAAGAUAAAGUGGGUUAUAAAUAUUGUGUUCUACAUCUUACAAGCUGCCUUGAUGAUCUCUCUGAUCUGGAAGUACUACUCUGAGCCAGUGACAGUGCUUCCCAGCAAAUGGCUCACUCCACUGGAGCGCUUGGUAGCUUUUCCUACUGGUGUGGCAGGUGGUGUUGGAAUUACAUGCUGGCUUGUGGUUUGUAAUAAAGUUGUAGCUAUCAUGCUACACCCUUUCAGCUGAAGCGAUCUCAGUAAUCCAUGGAGUCCUUAACUACAUUUUCAUUAUUACUGUUUUAAAUUAUUUAAAAAAAAAAAAGAGAACAGAUGUCCUUCAUGAGACUAGGUCUGAGAUAACCUUGGCCACUUUGUUUGGAAUCAGUCUGUAUUCCUUGUGAUUUAUUUUAUCAUUUCUUUGGUUUUCAGUUUGGUGGUCAGUUUUCAAAGAAUAGCAUUGGUACUUAAAGAACCUGAUUUUAUGUCUAUUUCAACCAGUAUAAACAGUGAUUCAUGACAGAACCAUAAGACUUUGUCAUGGUACAUGUUCACCGAAAUCUAAGUGUUGGAUUUCAUAUUUUGAAGAUGGAAAUGCACUGGCAUUAGGAAAUAAUUUGGGAGAUUUAUUGUUUCUUUGCUGUAUAACAUGGCAUUUUCACCCAAAGGUGGGAUUAUAUUUGGUGACAAGUAGUGCUAGAGGACAGAGGUGGGUGGUUUGGUUGGCUUAGCAUAAAGCAGAACUAGUUACCUCCUUGGUUUUUUUUUAUACUAAAAUUGGUGUAUUCUUGUGCUAUUUUAGAAAAUGUUAUUCAUAUAUUUGCAUAAUCAAGCCUUAAGAGACUCACUCAGUUGCCAAAUACAGGACAGCUGGCUACCUUUAAAACUUAUUGGACACUUGAUUUUUUCCCCACUUUAUUGAUCAGUGACUUCUCCUUCCAUGACAUAUUUUUCUGCUUCUCAAACUGAGUGAGGAUUACUGAAACAAUUUCCUUCUGUGUUUGGGAGAAGUUCUGGUCAGCCUUCUCAAGAUCCAUGUGAAGAAAGAGAAAUUAGAAGACAGUGCUGUUCCUCCAGAGCACCACAUUUCUAAGGGCUUUAGCAUAGAUUAAUGGCAGGCCAGGACAGUGCAAAACCACUGGGUAAAUGUGAAAAGGCAAAGUAGUAAUUUAAAUGUCUAAAGUAGUAACAGAGUGGUAACAAGCAGGAGGAGAAGGGAAAACAAUAUUCUUCUUUUGAGUAAAUCCUUCUUGCUGUGUUUAGAUGCAAGAAGUAACUGCAAUAUUUUGAAUUUAAAGGCAGGCAGAAUUCUUUAUAGUACUGUGUCUGUAAUACAGCUGCUAAUCUCUGUUAUCUUCCAAGCCACAGUGGCGUCUGCUACCCUGUCAUUGCUGUCCCACAAGACAAAUGGCUGGGUCAUAAACUUCUUGUUCCACACCUCCUUUUUUUUUGAUAUGAGCCUGAACAAAGCUCCAGGGAACACCUUUUCCUUCUCUGCUGGGCUUUGAUGAUUCUUGUUCAGCUUCCCAUGCUGUACAGUUGAAUGCAUCUGUUGUGUAAUUGAGGUCCUUUGCCUUCCUGUAGGAAGGAAAGGGCUAGGGACCCUUGAUAAUUAGCAGAACAUUUAGAAAUCAGCUCAGAAGGUCAUGAGACAUUGUGUGUAUAUGUGCAUGAAAUGCUUGGGCAUUUUUGAACGUUAAUUUAAAAAAAAAAAGUAGUUUUAUGUUAGGGAUUAAGUUUAGCCACUGUGAAAAUAGAUGCAGUAAAUACCAAGAAAAAAUGUUGUGAUUAAAUGUUAUGUAUAAUUGUCUUUUAUUAAAUAAAGCUUUUCAA